CUACUUUUAUACAACUUCAAACCAAUAAUCCUACUGAUGAACCUAUAAAUUAUAAUCCUCCCUCAAACAUCAGCCAGAUAACAGUUUAAUUCAAAAGAGAGAGAGAGAGAGAUAAAUGGAAGGGAAACAAAGCGAUGUGGUGUUGUUUGGAACAUGGUAUAGCUCAUACUGCACUAGAAUUGUGCUAGCACUCAAGAUCAAAGGCAUAGACUUUGAAUACAUUGAAGAAGAUUUAGCAAACAAGAGUGAAUUGCUUCUCAAGUACAAUCCAGUUCAUCAAAAAGUCCCUGUACUCGUCCACAAAGGAAACCCGAUUGCAGAAUCCUUUGUCAUUCUUGAAUACAUAGAAGAGCAAUGGAACCACCAUCCCAAAAUUCUUCCCGACCAUCCUUAUGAAAGAGCCAAACUUCGCUUCUGGGCUCAAUUCUAUGAUCAAAAGAUUAUCUUGGGUGCCUUGCCUAUCCUCAAAUCCAUAGGAGAAGAAAGAGAGAGAGCCGUUGAGGAGCAAUCAAAAUUGAUAAGGGUAUUUGAAGAUGGAAUGAAGAAAGAUUUUCCUGGAAAAUUUCCAUUCUACCAUGGAAAAAGCUUGGGAUUACUUGAUAUCGUUGUUGGGCCUAAUGCUUGCAACUAUUUGGCACUGUUUGAGGUUGUUGGAGAUGUAAUUGAUUCGAAAAGAAACCCUGAUUUUUUCACAUGGGUGGAUGCUUUGAAGGAACAUCCUCUGAUUAAGGAAGCUCUUCCUGCUCACCAUAAAAUGGUGCAGAAACUGAAAGAGAAGAUCGCUCUAAAGCCUAAAGAUAGCUGAACCAACACCAUAUGAACAUAUUAUGAAGGGAUCAUAAUGCAGUUCAUUAGGACUAUACGUUGGUUACUAAAUUACGAAUGAAUGCAUGAAUGCAAGAAUACGUGUGCCAGUGUGUUUUUUUCAUAAAUAAAAAUCCUUCGUGAAGGUAUUUCACCAGUCAUGUGAUUUAUUUCAGUAAUUCAUACCUCCAUAAGGGUCAAAAUGCACGAUAAAUAAGACCCUGCUUGAUUAACAUUUGAUUUUUAAUUUUUCUUUAAAAGUUGGACUUGUUAUCUUGCAAUUAUUUACAAUAUUUUUCAUAUUUUAUAAGAAGACCGCUGUUGAAUUUGUAGUCAAAUUCUACCAACAAAAACAAGUAUUAAGAACCAAUUUUGUUUUGUUUUAGAAAAACAAAUUGGUUUGGUUUUGAAAACACUGGACAACAAAGUUAAGAAACAUAAGUUAGUAGUGUCUAUAGAGUUGUAAUUUUCUAUGAAGUAUCGCUUUCUAGACGAUUCAUACCAAAAAGAGGGUUUGCAAUGGAUUUUUGU